AACAUCCAAAGCGUGUGCUCACCACGACGUCGUUUCACCCCCAGAAAAAAAUAAUACAAAGUCAAUAACCAAACCUCUCUGCUCCUCCCUGUUCCACCUAAUACCAACUCAUCGACACCUUUCGUCCUCGCCUCCUCUCUCUCUCUCUCUCUCUGAAGGUUUGAUUUUGUGUUGUCUUGGACAUUAGAAAUGGACUGUUUUUUCAAAGGUGCGAAUGAGGACUUGACGCCGUCUCCGGUGGACAUUCUUAGGUGUCCAUUUUUGAGGAACAUUAAUGAGCCCACCAAUUUUUCCUUCUCCUCCAUGUCGUCCGUGGCUUUCCCAAUGCCGGUACGUGCGGCCAGCAAAGGUCCAAUUUUCGAAGAUGGUCCCAAUUUUGACAUGGCCUUUAAGCUUUUCCAUGGGAGUGAUGGCGUUGUCCCUCUCUCUGGACGAUCAUAUGAGCAUUCUGAGAAAGUUGAGCGACAAUCGGCCCCGUGCAUGUUUAAUCCAUUAGCUGCAAAGGCAGCUACUAUCAGCCUCUCAUCCUUUGGACCUGGAGGACCCUUCGGUUUUGAUGCAUUUUCUGAGAAGUGGAAGAAAAUGCAAAAGAAAUCCAAUUCCUCAAAAAAAGGGUCUUCUUCAAAGGGAGGAAACUCUAAUCAUGAGGCAGCAAGUAACGAGUGGCUGCAAAGUGGAAACUGUCCGAUUGCAAAAUCAUUCCGUGCUGUUAGUGGUGUUGUUCCACUUGUGGCAAAGGCUUUACAGCUCCCUCCAGGCAUGAAAGUGAAGUGCCCACCAGCAAUAGUUGCAGCUAGAGCAGCACUGGCAAAAACUGCAUUUGCAAAGAACCUCCGCCCACAACCCCUGCCUGCAAAAGUACUUGUGAUUGGAGCACUGGGAAUGGCAGCCAAUGUUCCUCUAGGGAUAUGGAGGGAGCACACAAAGAAAUUUUCUCCAUCUUGGUUUGCUGCUGUGCAUGCAGCUGUUCCAUUCAUAGCUGUACUUCGAAAGUCUGUGUUGAUGCCCAAGUCAGCUAUGGCAUUUACCAUUGCAGCUUCUAUAUUAGGACAGGUAAUUGGUUCCAGAGCAGAGCGCUACCGUCUGAAGGCAAAGGCGGCUAAAAACUUUGCUCUGACUGAAACUUCUGUCCAGCUCAAAAAGACGGAAACCUCUGUUGGUGGGAUGAAAAGCCAGUUCCAGGUGGUUGAAGCGAAAUCUGGUCAUUGCACGGAGAUUGAGGAAUGGAAUUCGGUAGCUCUGCAGGUCACACGCCCUUCUUCAUCAACCGAUGUGUUCUGCUAAUUUGUUUGGAUAUCGAUGGCCUUAAUAUCUAUCAUUGCUAUUGUGUAUCACUGAGUUGUAAUUCUCUGUACUUGGUGGAUCGGAUUCAUUUGUGCCUCUAGACACUGCCCUUGUCCUUUUAACAGAAUCCAAUGAAUAAAAUGUAUUACAACGA